AAUUAAACACCCAACUAUGUAUUACUGUUACUAUCGGGGCUGCAACAAAACUUUUAACUCCAACAAUGGCACUCUUCAAUCGCCUUUUCAUCCGGAAAAGUAUCCAAGUGGACAGUACUGCUCUUGGAGAAUAACUGUUCAUUACUCACAACGAGUUCAUCUUAAGUUCACAACCUUCCAAUUACAAAACGAGGAAGACACGGACGAGCUAUAUGUGUACGAUGGAGAAAAUGAGAGAGAUUACUUGUUGGGUGUGUUUUAUGGAGAUCAUCAUCCACCAGAGGAAGGAAUCUUCUCUACAUGGAACAGUCUGUUUUUAAUAUUCAAAUCCGACGAUAAAGACUCCUACACUGGCUUCAGUGCUUUCUACCGUGUGGUCAAUAAAAAAUCUCCAUACACAUGUGAUCAGGAGGUGACGCCAUCAUCUAACGAUGUGACUCCUUUUAGAG